UUGUCCUGGGGGAGGCUUGGGGGGUGUAGUGGGGGGCAGCCCUGCGGAAGGAGCCUCUCACUCACAACUCCCUGGAGCACAGGGGGAGAAAACGGGCCUCUCGUCCCCUCGCCCCUCUUGUCCUCACCGAAGGACAAGGAGGCUUUCUGAUUGAAGGCCUCUGAAAGGCUGGGAGCUCCUGGGAGUGGUUACCUCGGGCCAUAUGGGCCAGCCCCCUUGGUGCCUGCCUUCUCGGUGCCUAAAUGCUGCCGGGUGCCUUGAAUGAACAUGGGCGCGAGAAGGAAUCACAGCGUGGCCGGUCAUAUCUGCUUGGUCUUCCUUCCUCUUCUGUCAUGUCAGGGCCCAGCACCAGGUACCCCCAGUCCCACCAGCCCCUGUAGGAGGCGUCUGAGGAGAUGGGACUGUGAGCUCGGUGCCCGGGUUCCUGAGCAGCAUCUGGCACCUGAAGGGUCUCAGCGUGAACCUUGCAAACGUCCUUCUAAAGGGAUGGCAGCCACGCUGUUACCUGCCGGGUGCUGCAGGAGAAAUGUCAGCUGCUUGAACAGAAGGGGUUUGGGGAGCUGCCCUUGUGCUGGCGAAGGCCUGUUAUCAGGGUCCAAAUUGCCCUAUGGUGCCCCCUCUGACUUGCGCCCAGGGCGCCCGCCACUGGUCCUGCAUCUCCGACACCUGUACCGGGGAGGGGGGGGUGCGGAACCCUCCCCUUUUUACUUUUUCCUUCCAGCAGAGACUCAGGAGUCCCCCAGCGUUAGUUCGUGAGGAGACUCCCAGGCGCCUCCUCUUCCCCCACCAGAAUUUGCAUGUCCAGUUUAAAAAAAAUUACAGUAAAAUAUACAUAGCGUAAAAUUAACCACUGUAAGGUUUUUAAGGCGUAAGCUCAGUGGCAGUACUUUUGCUCACCCUGUUCUGUGGCCGCCACCGCCCGGCCCCUCGUCCUGUGCUUCCUGGAACAGUCUGGCUGCUUCGGGGGCCACACGGGUGGAGGACUCACGCAGCGUGACCUCUUGUGUCUGACCUCACCGAGCACAGUGUCUCGGGUUUGGGGGUUUUGUGUGUUUGUGUGGUGCUGUUUAGCCACACUGUAGUGUUCUUCUGUGAUAUUUUUUUUUUUUUUUUUUUUUUUUUUGGUAUUUAGAAGAGCAAGAAAUGAGAUUGGUUUUAGGGCUUGCAUGUUUGAUGUUGCCUUCUCUAGGUUUGGACACCAGCACUUUUCCAGUGUAUCAGACACACUGGCUACCUGUCCAUCUUUUUUUCUACAUUGGAACUGACUUUAUAUAGCGAGAGGUACUUUGGUCCAGCAAGGUUUCCUAAGUCUUCAUCAUUUCUCGUAACUCAGUUUCCCUGUGACCUAAAGGGACAGCCAUCAGAGCACCCGCCUCUGAGACGUUCUUGUCAACGGUGGUCACUGGUCCUUCCUUGGCCCGUCCCCGGCUUGUCCCUGGCCCAGCUGGUUCUUGGUGCUGGGAUGACUGCCCAUCCUGGGGUCCAGUCCAGCCUGUUGCUGUCACACUGUGAGAACGGACCCCAUCCAUGGGCUGCCCGCUCGCAGCUUUGGGACCCGCGCCCCUAACAUGAAACGCUUCCCUCCCACCGUCUCAGACACUCGACCUGGCCAAGUUCGUGGCAACCAGUGUGCUGCAGCCAGGCUUUGGGACCCCAUUUGCCAGCCUCUAGGUGAAGGGAGUCCAGGCAGAAAUGGCCUGAUUUAGUUUCCUGGGGCCGCAGCCACGAAGCCCCACAAACUGGGUGUUUUCCCUCCGUGUCCAGAGGUCUGAGGUCCAGGUGUCGAAGGGUGGGUUCCUCCUGGAGGCUCUCCUGGUGCCCGGCUGUCUGGGCAGACACAUCACUCUGGCCCCUGCCCUGUCUUCCCAUCGCAUCUGCCCCUCCUUUCUCUUGUAGAGACACCAGUCUUUGGAUGUAGGGUCCUCCCUAGUCCACUGUGGCCCGACCUUAGCUCAGUGCCAUCUGCAAAGACCCCAUGUCCGAAGAAGGUCCUGGGGUCAUGGCUAGGAUGGCUCUGGGGGCACCGUCAGCUGCAUGGCCUCGGCCCCGGUUCCUCCUUCCCCACCAGGAACCUCCCUGAGGCAGAAGGGAAGCACUUUGAGUUUCUAAGUUGCCUUGUGCCACCUGGCCUCACCGUAAAGGUUUGAUACGUAGAGCUUUAUGUACAUUUUUACCUUUUUCAGGAGUAAUUCUGGAUAAGGCUUAAUGGCAACAUAUGAGCACCUGACUAUGCAUGUUAUUUAUUUAAAACAACUUGUCCUCUAAAAGUUUUCUGAUUUUUCUUUUUCUUUUGCAGUUUUUUUUUAUUUUGGUGGUGGUGGAGGGAAUUAAUUGUAUUUAAUUAUUAUAAUUUUUUUUAACGGAGAUACUGGGGAUUGAACCUAGGACCUCAUGCAUGCUAAGCACACGCUCUACCACUUGAGCUGUACCCUCCCCCAGUUUUCUGAUUUUUCUAAUGAAAAACAUUAGGGACCUGGAAGCAACUGCUACCUGCACCUGUGUUUUCCUCUCGUGGCCACUUCCAGCCCAGGACGUGUGUCCGUGGGUCCUGCUCUGGGCAGGUCCCAGGCGGUGCCCGUCGUCCCAGCUCUUGGGUGGGUCUGCCGUCAUCCAGCCGCUGUGCGUGUGCGCCUGCAGUCAGCGCCCCGGGAGUCCCUCCUGGUUCCCUUGGGGCCGCCUCGGCUUCGACAGGAGCCAUCCUGUCCUGGUAGUUCUCUCUGUAGGCUCGGUCAAGGGGCUUACCCACCUGAGCCGGCCACAGCUGGCCAAAGACAGACGCUGUCUGCGGUCACAACUGUCCAGUCUGUACUGAAAACCUGCUGGAUGCGUGGCCAGUGAAGGAGGACGGGGGGGCCUGGCAAAGCGCGUUGAUGCAGGGCUGGCCGCUAAGUCUGCGUCUGCCUGGCUUCCGUCCCCCAGGGGAGCCACUUCUGCAGCAGCAGCAGCAGCAGCAGCACUUUGCCCUCACCCGCGGGCGGGCACGCGGGUCCCCGGGCUGGCGAGGCCGUCUCAGGUGGCUUUCAUCUCAGGUCAGCAACGGUGCAGGCCCCCAGGAUGAGCGCAUCACCAGCCUGCUGGUGUUCAGCUUCCUCCAGAGCUGCUCCCCCUCCAGUUUCCGCAGAGAGCUGGAGGCACUGGGCCACCAGCUCUCCAUGUGCACGGCCCUUGACGAUGAGCUGCAGACAGAUGGCAGCCAGUGGAGCCACCCCCUCGGGGGCGCAGCGGACACAGUUUCUGCGAGUCAAGAGGAGGCCAUCUGGGACAUCGCCAGGCAGCUCGCACAGAUUGGGGACACAAUGGGCCGCAGCAUCCACCCAGGGCUGAUCCACGGCCUGGCCGCGCAGUUCACAAAUGGCAGCCUCUCGGAGGAGGACAGAAGGCGGGGCUUCGCCACGACUCUGGGGCAGCUCCUCCAGGCCUGCCCCGCAGAUGUGGACCAGGAGAAGACUUUGCUCGUGCUGACCAUGCUCCUGGCCAAAGAGGUGGCCAGUCACACGCCAGCCUUGCUCCAGGACGUCUUCCGCACAACGGUGAACUUCAUCAACCAGAAUCUUCUCACCUAUGUGAGGAACUUAGUCCAAAAUGAGCUGGACUGAGUGGACCACUCGAUGAAAACAGGGCUGGAGAAACUUGAGCUGGUGACAGCAGUGCAGCUGCCUUCGUGGGUAUUUAAGCAGCUGAGAGGACCAUCCCAGAGCCGGUGUUUAACUGGGACCACUCAGCAACCUCCCUUCCCCGCCGAGUGAGCGUGUGCACACGUGACUGUUCCACACUGUCACCUGAACCCGUCCCCAUGCCAGGCCUUUACCCGACGUCAGCUGUGAGGGCCCCACCUACUGUAAAGGUGUUCAGGUCUUUUUGUUUUAAAAAAGUACCCACUCGACUGCUCCUGAAAGUUCAGCCCUGGGGGUGGUCUCAGGGCAGCAGGGCUCUGUGUUUGAGGACCAAGCGCUGGAGGGGGGGGGGAGGGGGCGUGCCCCUUACAAGUGAAAAAGUACCCCUGGAAGGAGGGACAGCCUAAUACCAAGGAAGUCCAGUCUUCCUAUUUAAAAACCAAAGGGCACAAGAGGUCUGGGCUCAGUGGGAACAUCAGGCCUCAAAAACAUGUUUUUGACUUUUUCCUUUUAUUUGAGUCAAGAACCAAAGGCACUUACAAGGUGUGGAGACGACUUCAAGUCAAGCAGUUUACAAAGUCACCACGCACCCUCUUCUCACCGAGCUGCGCCCGUGGGGGGUAUCUGGAAACUCCCCUCUCCCCAGCCGGCCCCUCAGCUCACCCCUGCCUGAGGGCUGCGUGUGGAGAGCAGCUCUCUAGGCAUAAACGUGAAAGAACAUUUAGUCUUCUAGAAAUCCAGCAUCUGAGAGGCUCCCUGCGGUGGGGACACAAGCCAGAGCAUAGGCAGCACACAUCACUCAGCACCAGAGUAAACCAGGGGCACUUACGUUUCGAAACAGCGCAGCCCAGUCUGUCCUGCCGAGGCAGAGGCAGGCAGUGGACGUGGGGCCUUCGUGACUGCGAGCGUGGUGCUUUGGGAGGCACAUGAACAGGGCGGUGAAGUAAUAAACAUGUUCUUGUCACCAAAA